AUGGAGUUGCCUCCUUCCGGGACCCGGAAGGUUUCCAUCAGUAACCCUCAAGAGACAUCUGGCAAGGUUUCCAACACCCCGGCCUUGUUUCCCACCCACUCAACUAAGCUCUCUACCGGCCACUCUCUGCUGUCCUCUUUGUCCGAUCGCAGGCCAUCCCAGUUGAGCAGCAGUCGCGGGCCCCGGAUGGGCUCAUCCCUGCUGCCCAACUCCAUUCUCCAGAAGGGCUCCCUCGUCCCCACAGAGGCCCUGCAGGAAAAAGGAUCCACCGUCUCUGCAGUCCAUUACGCCGAUGAAAAAGCCAAGGCACUCUCGGAAAAGGACAAGGACAAGGACAAGGACAAAGACAAGGACAAGGACAAAGACAAGGACAAGGACAAGGACAGGGAGAGAAUCAAGAGCAAGGGCACAGGCAGUCACCUGCUGAACAUACUUAAAAAAACUCUCCAAGGGUCUCAGAGUGAUGAAAUGGUAGUAUCACACCAAACACCAAAUUUGAUACCAUUUGGCGAUGUGGUUGGCUGCUUGGCUGUUCACUUAAAGAGUUGCAGACAGUUUUCUCACAGGUUCAUUGUACAGCAGCAUGUGAACUUGUUCAUGCGUAUCUCUGUAAACCACAUUGUCAAGUACACGAAACUUCGUAACUUGAAAGCCGAUAACAGUGAGAAGAACUAUGUACUCAGGUUUGAUGAAGUGAAGUAUUUUUCUGUACAGGUUCCCAGACGUCAAGAUGAUGAGCGGAAUAAUAUUUUAUUAGAACUAAUGCAAGAUGGAGGAAAUUCAGAAAAGCCUGCUCUUUCUUUAGCCAGUACUGAGUCACAUCUUUAUGAAGUAAUACAGAAAGGCUGCUUUACCGAAGUAUUGCAAAUGAUGCAUAGAAACAGUGUUAUCUGCAGGGUAGAAGUGGAAUUUAUGUUCUCCUAUGGAAACUUUGGUUAUGGAUUUUCACAUCAGUUAAAACCUCUUCAAAAAGUCAUUGAACCAUCUAUGUUUAUGAAUAUUACACCUCCUCCAGAAAGAACAGAUCCCCUCACAAAUGUUAUUACUCCACAACGAAUAGAAUACCCAGCAUUCCUAUCCCCAGAAUUUAAUGUUACCGUCGGGGCUGCUGACACCAACCAGGCAUCUGUGGUGCAACUUGAAAAACUUACUGAGAGGCCCCGGGAAAGGUUGGAAAAAAUGAAACAUGAAUAUAAAAGUCUGCGUACAUGGAUAGAAAAAUCUCAGUAUUUAAAGAACCUUAUUAAUCCAAAAGCAGCAAACAAAGAACCACAGGAAAUACCAGAAUUAAAGACUGAACCAAUGGAAGAAGAGCCUAAGAGUGUGACCUAUGAUACCUAUCACAGAAAAUCUGAACUUUUUGCAAGUGAGCAUGCGGACAGUGAUGAAAAGGAAGGCCUGGUAAUACCAGUUUUGAAGCUUUUGAAUCAAAGUUCCCCAGAGUUUGGUUUUCAUAGAAGUGGUGAAACAUCACCGUCACUAGAUCUUCCCCCUAUUCACAACCUGCAGAUAACAGAAGAGGACGAAAUGCCACAUUAUUCAAGAAUUUAUGAUCAAGAAGACAGGUCAUUCGAAGACAGGAAAAAUGUAUUGUUUCCACCGGAGGAAAACCUACCCCCCAGGUUUCCAAGCGCUUUUAAGUUAGCCUCAUCUCUGCACGAGGUAAAGUUGGGACACUCGCCCGUAAAUCCUGAGAGAAUAAGGAGGAGGAAUAUAGGUUUUCUCUCCAAUACAAUGAGGUAUCAAAGCAAAUAUUUUAACAACGAAAAGGAAGAGGGCUAUGUGCUCUUGGAUGUGGGGGCUCCUGCGGGCAGGUGGUCCACCUACCAGGGGCUUAAGGAAAGCCUCUCAGCAGUAUCCCAGGGCAAACCGGUGAAAUUUGGCAGUCCGAUUAGUGGGGGGGUCCUGCUGCGGAGACCCGCGGGCCGGUGGCAUCGGCGCGGAGUGCCCGGGUUCACAGUGCAGCUUGUGGCUCGCGUCCAUCUUGCAGGUGGCUCUUUCUCCACAUCGGUGUUCUUCUCCUGCGUCUCAGUUUUCUUCAGCUUGGCCUUAUCAAAGCUGGCGAUUUCCCCCAUGUCCGGCUUGUCUGCCAUUUUCCUACAACCCGUAGAGUCUCGUUCCGAGCUCGCGCUCCAGUUCUUCCCGUUGAGACCAUCUUGGGAAAGACGACCUCCUGACAUUGUCAGUAGUCUCCGAAAGGUGGCUUUUGCACGAAAAGCAUACACAACACCAGUUUACGGAGAAGAAUCUACAGAAUUCAAACCAAAAAAUUUCUUUUCUUUUUUUGUACGGCAAUUCCAGAAACUCAGCAAGAGAGGUCUUGAUCCUUUUCUAAGGAACAUAAACAAAAUGUCAUUCAAAAAGAAGAAAGACCAAGACAUAUACAGAUGUCCAAAUAUUUUUGAUACAGAGGUUUUAGAGCAUGAAGAUCAAGAUCCGCCUUACCCAGAGCACUUAAGAUCUUCAAAAUGUAACAGAAACUUGGCUGAAGAUCCCAGCCAUAUCACAAUUCAGAUGGUAAACAAGACAAAUAGCUUACUUUCUGACCCUACUUCCACCACAGAAAUUAUUUCAGACAGGAAGAAAAAGUUGUCACAUGAUCCUACUGUCAACGUAGCUAACACUUCAAAUGCAAAGAAUAUAUUUCAAAGUGAUAAUCCUGUUAUCACCAUAACAAAGAUUUCAGAGAGUGAUAAUAAACUGCCAACUGAGUCUCAUUUUACUACAACAAAGCCUUCAGAUAAGAGGCUGUGCCACUAUGACUCUAGCACCAGUACGAUAAAGCCUUCAGAUACUAAGUUAUACAGAAACUUUAAUUGCAGUACAUCAGAUUGGGGGCUGUUCAGUGACGCUGGUAUCAGCAAGUUGUUCCAAGAUCCUAGCAGCAAUGCAACACAGCUUUCAGGUCCUAAGAGGCUGUGCCAUAAUUCCAUUAUGAGUGGAAACAAACCUCCAGAUACUAGUAAGUUCUCCCGUGAUUCUAGUAUCAGUCCAACCAAGUCUUCAGAUCCUAAUAAGUUUUCACCUAAGCCUAGUACCAUUUCAGUAAGGUGUCCAAGUCCUAAUAAGUUUUCACCUAAGCCUAGUACCAUUUCAGCAAGGUGUCCAAGUCCUAAUAAGUUUUCACCUAAGCCUAGUACCAUUUCAGCAAGGUGUCCAAGUCCUAAUAAGUUUUCACCUAAGCCUAGUACCAUUUCAGCAAGGUGUCCAAGUCCUAAUAAGUUUUCACCUAAGCCUAGUACCAUUUCAACAAGGUCUCCAAGUCCUAAUAAGUUGUCAUAUGAUUCUAGUACAAUUUCAACAGGGUCUUCAAGUCCUAAUAAGUUGUCACAUGAUUCUAGUACCACUUCAACAAGGUCUUCAGAUCCUAAUAACUUGUCACAUGAGUCUUGUAUCAAUGCAACAAAGUCUUCAGAUCCUAAUAAGUUGUCACAUGAGCCUGGUAUCAUUGCAACAAAGUCUUUAGAUAGUAAGAAUAAAUAUCCAAGUGGUAAUUCUAAUGACUGUUUACAGCCUACUACCAACACAGCCAAAGCUCCAGUUACUAAUAAGAAGAUAGUACUGGAUUCUCACAUCCUCACAGUAGACUGUUCAGGUAGACAGAGCCCAUAUACAGAUAGAGAUGAGCAACUAUCAAACGUACCUUUACCAAACUUCCAAAGAGAAUCAGCAGUGACUAGAAAUGUAAGCAUGUGUCAUUCCUCAACCUCAAUAAGUUUUACCUCUGAUAUGGAAAAUUUUAAACAGUCAAUAGUACUCAAAUCAAUUUUAAGCAAAAAUCUGCAAGACCUUUCAGAUGAGUUAUUUUCUAAAUCAGAAGUCUGCACAAAUGCCAGGGUGAUACAGGCAAGCUGCUCCCCAACUCCAAAUGUGCACACAAGGCUGUCAGAUGGUACAGACAAUAGAGAAUUUGAAAAAGUCCAAGAUAUACACAGUUGCCUUUCAUCAAAAGACAUUCUAAAUUCACAGACUCUUUUAAGUCCUGUAAUUAAAAGUGUUCCUCAAGAUUCACUUCCAGAAGGUGAACCAGGAAAAGCUUCAGACACAGAAGCUUGUGUUUCUGAAAAACUCUUAGAGGCUGCUGAAACAAAUUUUCCAAAGCACAGAAAGAGUAGUUUCAAGACAAAACAUUUAGUAGGUGAAGUAUCCGGCUCCAAACAGGGUUUAACUUAUGACUAUUUCAUCAAGCAAAUAUUCACCGCGCCCAUAUUCUCACAGCUGGGGAUAGGACCGAAGACCCUGAGUGAGGUACAGAUGGCCUUGCAGGAUCAGGCGCUCACACCUUGGGAGAGCAAGAUAUAUUCGCAGAUUGUUAACUAUGAAGAAAAAGUCAAUGACAUCCAUUUGUCACAGUACAACUCUUUCAUAAGUCAAAUAAUACAGUUGUUUCCUGUAAACACUCUCAUAGAAUCUGGGAUAAUCAAUGUGACAGAGCUGGAGAAGGCACAACAGAAACCUCUGUUGGACACACAGACAGCCUCUCCUCCAGAAGAGCCGCAGAAUCCCAGGGAGCAGCACUCUGAUGUCAAAUGUCCAACAACAGUUGUUUCCAGACAGAACACACCGUGCCCCACCCCUGUAGACGGUUCUAAGAUUGGAGUGGAAUACACAGAAGACCGACAAAAUAUCUCAGUGCAAGAGUCAAAGUGUUCACCCCCAGAGGGAAAGGCAGGCUCCCCCGUACCAACUGACCACCAGAGGCUUGAUGCAGAGGAGACCGAGCUCAUGUCUGCUUUAGAAAAUUUAAGUAACUCACUGGGGAAUGGUAAAGACACAAACACAGUAAUGUUAAAAUCUAUCCUAAAAAAUAUUUUCAAAGUUUUCCUCAAAUAUAAUCAGUCUGAUGGAAGACAACAACCAGAAAAAGAGUUAGAAAGAUCAACUCAGCAUUCUUUACCGAGUGGUACAGAACACUUAGGAAAAGUUCAAGAGACUUUUAAUAAAGCAGAGAGGGACCCCGUUUUGAACCCAAAGCUGUGUUUGUUUCUAGAGAAGCUCUCGGAGUCAGAAGUUAAAAACCUCAAGUCUGAGUUAAGUAAACACAUUCAGCAUUACCUCUUAGAAAAACUUUCAGAAUCAGGCCACAUCACCAGGGAGGACUUACCAAAGAUCUGCCAGAAUCUCUGUCAGAUGAAUGAGAAAACAGACUUGAAAGAGAAAACAGAAUUAAAAGAGCAAGGUCCCUUUCAGGAGACAUACUCAGAAACCGUAGAAGAAAUCAUGUCUUUUGUAAAUAAUUUUAACCAUCAUUUGGUAGACAAACAUUUAGAAAUAAAGCUUAAAUCUUUUCUAAAUGAUAUUUUUCAAAAUUAUUUCCUGAAGAAUCUCACAGUGAGCAAGUUAUUUAACGAAGGCGAUGCCAUGGCUCUCUGUUCCGGCGUGGCCUCCCCAGGAAGUGAGGGCCCCUCAAGGCCUUUUCACCAGCUAGGGCAAGAGAUUGCAGGUGAGAGUUUUUGUUCAAGGCUUAAAAUAGACAUUAAUUACCCGUUAAGCAAUUCUCUACAAAAUUAUCUUAAAACCUUAUCAGAUAGUGAAUUAUUAAGUCUAAAAUCUGAUUUGAGCAAAUACCUCCAGGGCCUCUUUCUAGAAAAACUUCAUAAAUCAGGAGUAAUAACAGAAAGCCAACAAAAGGGGCUCAACCAGCAAAUUAACUCCCUGCCUUCCUCCUCCACCCCAUUAAAGUACGUAAAAACAAAUUUACCUUGUAGAGAUGAGGAUUCAGAAGAGCUAAAGAAAUAUUCAAAAAUUGGUCAAAAUACCACUUUACAAACAUUUCUUGAAGAUAAAUGUGGAGAAAUGGAACUGACUAGAAAGAGAGAAAAAGGAAGUUGUUUUUCACACAAUUUAAAAGAAAAUCCACCAACAAUUUGGGAACCAAAAACUAUUGGUAGCAGGGAAGGUAAAACAGUAAAUUUUGUAAAAGUACAACUUUCUCCCAACAAAAAUAUCCAGGCCAAUCCGUUAAAUAAGUCACCAGAAAGACCUGCAGACACAUCACUUAAGAAACACAAGAAAGAACAUGGUUUCACAAAUCCUCAAGCAGAAAAUUCUGUUUACAAAACAGAUAUUCAAGAUCCAUACAAUUGGGAUGCCAGAUCGAAAACAAUUCAAUCAAAACUUGGCUUUGAAAAGACACUAAAAGUGAAGCCACUUGACAAAAAGGAGAACAAUAACACUUAUAACUUUAUCGUUCAGGAAAAACUUGACACAGGAUUUUCACCUCAUCUAAAACUCCCUACCUGCAAAGCACCAAGAGAAAACGAAUGUGGAAACAGGCUCUCUUUUCCUACCUGGCACACUAACACCUUCACCCAUGUCAACACAGAGUGUGGGGAACAAUCAAAAUUGGACCAGUAUUGUCAGAAACUGAAAGGAAAUAAUAAUAACAAUAAAAAACACUUGGUUACAUUUGCACAAUUCAAAAAUGAAAUGGAAACUCUUUAUAGAAACCCAUACGAAGACUGCGAUGAGAAAUGUGUCAAGAUCCCUGACUCACAGCCAUUUAAAUACAAAGAAAAUGAGAGAAACUCAAGGCCAUUCUUCUUCCCGGAAGUGUUGAAAAGAGAAAACAUGAAAUCCAAAAGAAAAGAAAGAGACCAUGCCACCAAACCAAAAAAGUCAUUUCACAAGAUAGUUAGGAUCCUACCAGCCACACUACCCACUGCAAGACCUCAUCUGCGGAAGUCUGUGCCAAGGACUUUACUCCAAUGGACUGCCAGGAGAACUGUACAUGAUUGUUUGGAUAAAUGCGAAGAUUUACACAUCCCCUCAGUUAAAUGUCCUAAAACCUCAAAAUCAAAAGCACGACUUUUAGGCAAGAGUCCAGACGACCCCCACAAUCAGGCAAAACACUGCGAUCGGCCAUACACUGCUCCAGAGCCUAACAAGCGACGGGAAACCGCGGCCGGGAAAAUAGCAAGUCUUCGGAUGGUUUCAGCGGGCUUAGUUCAGUUACACACCACCCCAGAGCAUGAGAUACAUAAAAUUCGGUCCAAAAGAAAAUUAAAAGAGGAUAUUGAAAAAAGUUCGUUCAUUUGUGAUAUUAUCCAGAUGCUAAACACUGAAGAAUGAUUUGUGAGGCCACCAGUCAAAAUAUAAUUUCUCCACUAACAAAAUGGUUUGGGAGAUCUAUCCUUGUGUGUGAUAGAAGUCAGCAACUAAAUUUCAUC